AUGGCUUCGACGGCAAAAGUCAAGGCAAGGCAAGGCCAAGUGCCUGUCUCGAAUCGAGGUCACAAGCUCUCGAGAGAGGAAGACCUCAUCCGGGAGGCGCACUUCAUCUUUCAACAGGGAGACCAAGACGACAGUGACGAGAAGGAGCAGGUGAAGGAGGCGGGGGAGGAGGAGGUAGACGACGAAGACGAAGAAGAACAAGAAGAAGAGGAAGGAGAAGAAGUUGAGAAGACGCCAAAGGGCCAAAACGCCGGCCUCCGUGCACUUGAUCCUCCGCACAAGUCAGACUCGCUGUCCUACCAGCGCUUCCAGCAUAAUCCGCCAUCAACGCUCCUUGCUGCUCGAAGACACUCGUCGCUGCGCAUCAGUCCAAGGCGAGAACAUCUCUCCAUCUACAGCCUCUGCGACGCUCCCAGGUCGGCCUUUGCUGAAUCACAGCUGCACAGGAUGAAUUUCGACCAGCAGGAGGUCAAUGCACCCAACACAGCCAUCCCGUUGACAUGGCCGUCAUCGGAUACUAGCUUUCAGAGCGACAUUUACCACCAGCCGCCCUCCAGUGCCACUUCUCAUCACGUCGAUCUGCACCAGCAGCCUUCAUCUUCAUCGAGUGUACACGGUGCAUUUUCGUCCUCGCCCCUGCCACAAGGACAUCUUUCAAGCUCGACCAGUAUCUCGAGCCUGCACGGUGCCGGCUUUGAUGACCUGUCCUUAGCGGCCCUGGCCCAAGCAUCACACGCUGCCAAUCCCAAUCACGCCAUGGAGCCACCAUAUCGGCACCAGUACGCAUUUCCUAGCGGUCUUACUGAAGCUUCGUCAGCCUUUUACGGUUCUGCGAUGAGCUCGUCUUACUCGCAAGAGGGCAACGACAGAUUCCGUUUCAGCCAAAGCAGUAGCACAUCGAAGAGGACUGAUUCGGGCCUGACGAUUAAUUCAGCCGCCUCCGCGCCCGAGCUCGGCGAGUCUGGCUCACCUGGCUCGCGCGGUAGUCAGCCUCCAGAUGGGACUGAGGGGGGCAACACGCCUCCGCAGCGAUCUCAUUCCGUAUUUACCUCUGCAUCUGGCCAACAGCAGUCGGCGAUUCGUAAAAAGAGGAACAAGUGCAGUCCGGAACAGCUUCGCCACCUCGAGACAUUUUUCGCAAAGAACAGGAACCCAACCGGAAAAAUUCGCGAGGAGCUCGCCAAGCGCAUCCAGAUGCCGGAGCGCAGCGUGCAGGUCUGGUUCCAAAAUAAGCGUGCAAAGACGAAGGUCAAUGAGGUAAAAGAAGGUGUGCCUCUGGAGCAAAGGUCGACUGUCUUGAAGAGCGCCAAGAGCAGCGGGUCGCCGAACGAGGCGCGGCAAAACAGGACGAAGAAACUGCCUUCCCCAGGCAAGGUCAGCUCGCCAAAGGAGCCCGAAGGGUCGACACUCCUCGAGCUGCCAAGCACUGCUCUUUGUAUCGGCGAGUGGCGACGCAUCAAGCCCCUGGUAUGCUUCUUCAGCAGGAGGAAUCAGAGCUUCACAUGGUAUCUCUCUUCGGAAUCGGUGGGCUUCAAGCUCGAAUGCCCGCACACCUGCAUCUCCCGUAUCGUCUUCACCGGUCCAAAGGCGCCUGUCGUCCAUGAGAUAGCCGAAGGCGUUCAUUUUCCCCUAGGACACCUUAUUGUCGAGCUUGAGAGACCGCCUCAAUUCUACAUGGAGGUCUUUCGAAGUGGAGGCAAGUCAUCGAGCGAGGAGCUGCAAGGGACUCAGAGGCUUUCGUGGCGCCAGUGUGCCGACUUCACAGAGGGCAAGCAGGCAACAAUGUUCCUGCGACACCAGAUCAGCGGACCAUACCAUGAACUUCGGGAGGCCGUGGAGGCACUGCGGCGAAGUGAAGGGCCUGUGGGACGUCUCAUCGAACUUGAAGACAAACAACAGCCAUUUCAGCAAGAACAUAUGCAAGCGGCGUCUUCGAUGCAGGAACAACCACACCAGCAGCAAGAGCAGCAGCAGCAGGCCUUCCACACUCAUCAGCCAGAUUGGGGCAGUGCCAUGCAUGGCUUGGAUCAGAUGCCCGUUUCGGCUCCCUUGCCAGGUCAGACGCCCUUCGUCGAUGCCCAACAGUACCAGGCCGGUCCACAUUCAGCCUACUUGCAUGCGACGACGAUUAGUGACUACCAGGAUGUUUGGCAUCACCAUCAGCAAACUGCGCCGGUCCAGAUGCAGACGCUUCAGCAACAUGUGCCCUACCAGCAGCACAGCUCCUAUCGAGGGGGUCCCACAUUCCAGGAGCAGCAAAGCUCUGCGUCCGACGUCGAUCUGUCUGGGCUUCGUAUUGACUCUGCUGUGUCCACGCCACAGCAAAUGACGUACCAAGACCAUAAUCUUCAGGCGCAGGGUCAGCCGCAACAACAACAACAGCAGCAGCAGCAGCAGCAGCAGCAGCAGCAACACCAACUGCUUCAUCAACACCAACAACACCAGCAACAGGAACAGGAACAGGAACAGCACCAACACCAACAACACCAACAACACCAACAACACCAACAACAGCGGGAGGCGUCGCACCAGAUUCAGUCAUCCGCACCAUGGGGAUCGUCUUUUGGGGCCUCUUCGUUCUCGCUACACUCUCAACAGGCGUCAACUGCUGCUCCAAAUCGCAGUAGCGCCGCGUCAAUGGGAGUCUUAACAGGCGAACAAUCUUCUUCUGCUGUUUCGACCACGCAUUUAUCUCCAAUGCCCUUACCGUCGCCGCAGCAGCGGCAGCAUGGUGAGGAUGCAUUGAUGUCCACAAUGUCCACAGCUUCCGUGGGCGAGCAGGCCGCCAUGCUCUCUUCCGCCACAGCCGUGGCACAACCUGGAGAUCAUCGAUACCAAUUGGCCAUCCACCCAGUCCUUGCUGCACACGACAAGUCCCCGCGUUCGUUCCAGUCAAAGGCCUCGCCAGUCUCUACAAACACAUCUCACGCCUCGUCGGCGCCCUCCGAUGAGCACCACUCAGUUUUCCAAUAG